CGGGGGUGUGUGUGAGAAGGGCGCAUGCGCGACGGGGCCCUGCGUCAGGUGACUCGUAGAGGCUGCUGGGAGUUGACUGUACCGCACCGAGCGCGAGCGGGAGGUUGGGUGCACCCUGCCUGCCGGAGCGGGGCGAGAGUAAAAAUGGCCUCAAGACGAAUUACGCGGGAGACUUUUGAUGCUGUGGUGCAAGAUAAAGUUAAAAGGUAUCGGAUGGACCGAAAUGAUGCUAUAGAAGAGACAAUCCAUCAUUUUAAAGCUCAUUCAAGAUCGGUUUCAAGACCCAGGUAUGAAGACAGUUUUCAUGAUGAUGGAAGAUAUUCACAUGAUGGUCCCUCCUCUCAUGACGAUUGGAGAGGAGAUGCUAGAGAGGACUAUCCAGGGCCUUCUUAUAGAUCUAGUAGCCCUCUCAUGAGGAAAGAUAACUACUACCAUGAUCACUAUGGCCGCCCUGGGUCUCGGGACCGGGACUAUGGCCGCCCUGGGUCUCGGGACCGGGACUAUGGCCGCCCUGGGUCUCGGGACCGGGACUAUGGCCGCCCUGGGUCUCGGGACCGGGACUAUGGCCGCCCUGGGUCUCGGGAAUCCUCUAGAUUGCAUGACACUGACUUUGGCUCUUCUGAGCUCUUGGGUGAUUUUAGGUCACCAGGACUUGUGGAAGAGGAGUAUGGGAACAUAGAGAGUCAGGAUUAUGACCUGGAAUACGGACUUCAAUCUGAGAGUGAGUUCAGACCGCCAGUACGCAGAGGCAACAUGAGUAGAGGAAGGAUUCUGCGAGGAAAACAUAUUACAAGAGGCCUGAUUAAAAAUAAAGUAUUUAAAGGAGAUAUCAAAACUCCUCUAAAGAAAUGGAACACCAAAAAAACACUACCAGUGACUAAUCAGAAGUCAACUCUGCAACCUGAUCAGAUGCCAGAAACUACAGAACAAUCUAACCAGAGGUCUGCAAUUGCCCAGCGCCUUAAUCAGAAGCUAAUCCUACGACCUAAUCAGAGAUCAACUCUGACAACGCAAAGGCCUGUCAUCCGAAUUCGUAAGUCUGAGCAUGUUCUCAGACAUCUUAAUUUUGAUCUUGUGGACAAGUCUGACAUAUUCUCAACCUUUGGAAUAGAAAUAAUAAAAUGGGCUGGAUUUCACACAAUAAAAAAUGAUGCAGAAUUUCAACAGCUGUUUGGGGCUCUCUUUGAGCUGGAGACAGAAACGUGUGCAAAAAUGCUUGCUUCAUUCAAAUGCUCACUAAAGCCAGAACACAGAGAUUAUUGUUUCUUUACCAUCAAAAAUUUACAACAUGCUGCUUUGAAGACUCCCAAAGUAGACAAUGAGUUCUUAAAUAUGUUGUUGGACAAGGGUGCCAUGAAGACUAAGAACUGCUUCUUUGAAAUAAUAAAGCCUUUUGAUAAGUACAUGAUGAGACUCCAAGAUCGUCUUCUAAAGAGUGUCACACCUCUGCUUAUGGCCUGUAAUGCCUAUGAAUUAAGCAUCAAGACAAGUGGUUUCAGUAAUUCUGGAGAAAUGGCAGGUGCUUUUGAGACCACCAUUUCUCUGUGUCGUAAGUCCUUGGCACUUCUGGGUCAAACGUUUGCAUUAGCUUCUGCUUUCAGGCAAGAGAAAAUACUUGAAGCUGUUGGUCUUCAGGAAAUGGCUCCAGCACCAACAUCAUUCCCAAAUUUUGAUGAUUCAACAUUAUUUGGAAGAGAGUACAUAGAGAACUUGAAAGCUUGGCUUGAGAAAAGUGGCUAUCCAAUUCAGAUGAAAAAAAUAGAACCUGAGUCCACAAUACAGCUUAAAAAAACUGCUCCUGAUACAAGACCUAAAAUGAAGAUUCCACAGCGUGCUGAUCGGAGAGUUGUAGAGACGAUUGAAAAGCUAGUGAACAGUAUUGUUACAGGUACUUUGUCAGCAAAAGAGAGAACUGCUCAGAAGAGCUGCCCUGAAUAUUGGUUCUUGUCUGAGGAGGAUAGUCUAGAAUACAAAUAUUACAGACUGAAGUUAUCAGAGAUGCAAAGAUUGACAUCAUCUACAAAGGAGGGAGGCAGAGAGGGGAAAACACCAGAAGAAUCUGCAACAGAAUCAGUGAGGGCAAUGUUGUAUGCGAGGAAAGUAGCAAGUAUCAAGAAAAGGCUCUUUAAAAGAAAAAGACUUGGAAUUUUUACACAACAUGGAGUUAGAGGCAGGAAAGUGAGAAAAUCAACCAUAGGGACACAGACUGUGCUUUCAGCUGGUACGAUGCUGAAACGUCAAGACAAGCUCACCCAAGGUUCAGUUCAGUCAAAACCGUCCAUAUCAGAAAUCAGCAUGUCUGAGAAGAACUCUUCAUUGGACACAGCUGGAUCCUCACAGCAUGCCACCAGUCCAGAAGUUUCUCUGUCGCUGGAAGAAGUGGCAGACACUGAGGAUUUAUCAGCAUCCACUGGACAUUCCCAGUCACUGUUGUCUCAAUUUCCUGACGUGGAUGCUAAAACAAUGGAAACUGCUGAGAAGCUGGCCAAGUUUGUUGCUCAGGUUGGACCAGAAAUUGAGCAGUUCAGCAUAGAUAACAGUGCAGAUAACCCAGAUCUUUGGUUUCUACAAGACCAAAACAGUUCUGCUUUCAAAUUUUAUCGAAUGAAAGUCUAUGAAUUGUGUCCAUCCAUCAACUUUAGUGCUGUUUCGGAAAUAGCUGCACCUGGGGAAAGUGAUAAACCUGAAGAAAGAAAUUUGGAUAAUUUAGAAGAGGAGGAGGAAGAGGAGGAGGAGGAAGACAAUGAGGAGGAAGAGGAAGAAGCUGAACUUGAAGAGAAUAUCUCCCAAACCUUGGAAGAAGUGGAAAUGGAGCAUGCAGAGGAGGGGGAAGCAGGUGGCGCUGAGGAGAUCGCAUCCAAAGAGAUGCGAUCCAAAACAGGAGAUGAAACUUCAACAGGCGAAAUGCAGCCAAGCUCAGCUUCCGAUAGUACUACACCAAAUUUGUCAGCACAGGUGCCAGCUUCUGCUCCUGGUAUCCCUUUUCCUCGCAAAAGAAUCAGCAGCAAAUCUCUGAAAGUUGGCAUGAUUCCUGCAUCUAAGAGGGUCUGCCUCAUAGAGGAACCAAAAGUUCAUGAACCUGUCAGAAUUGCUUAUGACAGACCCCGAGGCCGCCCAGUUACAAAGAAGAAGAAGAAACCAAAAGACUUAGACUUUUUACACAAGAAAUUAACAGUUAAGAAUGUGGGUUUCCAGAUGCUUCAGAAGAUGGGCUGGCAAGAAGGACGUGGUCUUGGUUCACAAGGAAAAGGAAUCAAAGAGCCUGUGAAAGUGGGUACUACCUCUGCAGGGGAGGGCUUGGGUGCUGCAGGGGAAGAAAAUAAAGAAGAUACAUUUGAUGUUUUCCGUCAAAGAAUGAUACAAAUGUACAGGCAGAAAAGAGCAAGUAAAUAGGUAUGUGCAAUGGACAAGUCUGGUUUAUGAAUUCCUGCAAACAUUAAAAUACUGCAGUUAAAAAAGCCUUCCUUUGAACAGAAGUGAAAGUGUUACUGUGUUUCCACAAAUGCAUCUGGGUUUUUAUUAUUUCAUGAAAAUCCAGAACUACUUUGGACUGCUGAAUUACCCAACAUCUUACUUUCUAGGUUUGACGCAAGAGACUCGUUUGCUAGAAAACGUGGACAUGCAAAAGCUGCUGUGUGAAAGGUUUUCGGCAUGCUGCCAGUAUGAAGAACACUUUGUGCUGUGGCAGUGAACUUGAAUACUAAUGUACCAAAAACAUUUUCCAAGAUUAAAGUUAGCCUUGCACUUAGAUGUGCAAGCUGACAACUUGGAUGUCAUCUUCUGAGGAAGAAACAACUGAUUUGCUCUCAGACGUGCCUGUUUACCUUUCUCUUUGGCCAAGAAUGCCUACUAUGUGACAAGAUGGUUUGCUCCAAACAAUGUAAGCAGCACAAAAAAUAUGAGCUGGAAAACCAAUCUGCUCCUUUCUCAGGCUGAGAAGAUUUUCAAAUUCAGAUCUCUUUGAGAGAUGGUUUUCCUCAGCACCAGAUGUUGCUUUAUUUUACUAAGCUUUUUUUGAAUGGCUGCAUCUUUUGAACUGCUGCUAUGAUCUGGACAAAGCAGUUCUUGAUAUUUUUUUCCAUUCAUAGAACAAUUUAAGAACAAAACCUUUUAAAAUAAGCAUGCAGGCAUGUAGGAAUCCAUGCCUACCUAUGUAGGACUAACAUAAUGAAUCCAUAUAAGAACACCCAACUGUACUGCCUAACAAAAAUUUCAGCUGCUCAGAUUUUCACUGUAACAAGCAAGCAGUACCAAUUUCAAGUGUACUUGUUUUUAUGUGAAUUUGCAGGUCUUGCUCAAUAAAAUCUUGUAUAGUUUCUUCCCCUCAAAGAAAUAAAUCUGCGAACAAGGUGUAACUUGGGUUCUGCAGAAGAUUGGAACUAUGUUUUAAAAUAGUAUUGGAAGUCAAAUAUAGAAGAUCUGGAAGCCGAAGAUCUGUUUUGUAAUCAGAGCAUCACUUUAGGGAGUCAGCUUAUUUCUAAUUCUAUUGAAUAUUGCUCUUCAGAAGUUCUUUGACUGCAAGACUCCAGGAAAAUGAAACAAAACCUGAAAUUGUUAAAGAACUUUGUAUUCCAUUGUUCUCUCUUUAAUUAAAUCAAAGAUGAGACUCCAGUAGUAUACUCUGUGCUUCAAUAACAAAAAAAAUGCAUUCUUGGUGAAGCAGUUCCGAAGAAAUGAUGGAAAACUUAGCAGUAGUAUUGGAGACAAAUGUUCAAGGUCUAGUUGAUCAUUUCGUCUUUCACCAGGUUUGCAUGUCAGUAAAGAAUCCAUGACUGGAUUGCUUGAAGUGACAAUUUAAUAAUAUCAGUUGCACUUUUUAGCCUGCUUCUUUUUCUCCAUCGUUACACUUCUAAAAAUAGUUGAGCCUUCACUUUUUUUAUGUGACAAUGGCAGAUUACUUCCUCUUGAAAGAGAAUUUGUCUUGAUCUGAUGUAUGUUUGGCUUACUCAGAGCGUGCAGGCUUGUUAAUGAUUUCAUCUGGCACUAUGCUGCUUGUAAUGCAGACAGCUUACGGUACAGUCAAUACAAGUACCUUACAGUAAAGCAGCAGUGUCUGGCAUUCCUAAAGGAUGAAUAUGCAAGAAAACUUGAUCUCUAGUUAUCAACUCACAUGUGCCUAUUGGGCAAAGGACAGUCAUCUCCUCCUUACAAAAAUAAAUAAACCUGCCAAUUGAAAUUGAAAUGGAGGGAGUAUCUUAAUUUUCAUUCUUUAGCACCAAAACCUUUCCAUUCCUGUAAAAUCAGUUUACUUAGUUUAUGAAAGCAAGAUUUCUCUUUCCUUUGUGUGUGUGUGUUUGUGUGUGUGUGUAAGCAAUAAGCUACGAUAUCAUGCCACAGUGUAACUUUUCUGGUCACUCAAUUUUAAUAGCUUGAAAGCACAUGGCUGCUAAAAACAGUAAAUAGCAGAUAUAGAAAUGAUUGUCAUGUUGGUACAGUUAAAUUUUUCCAUGAACGUCAUGCUUCUCCACCUUUACGUUACAAGAAGUUAGAGCAUUCAGGACCAUAAAUACAAAUGUAUUUUCUCAAAGCUUGCCUGAUUCAUCAUACUUUAUUCAAGAUAUUUGGUGAUACUACAAAGAUUUAUCCCAUAGGCUUUGCUUGGAAAUGUUUAGAAGCAUAAACAGCACAAUCAUGUUGGAGAAAGGCUGCCUUUAAGUUCAGCUGGUACAAUAUUUGGCAGUAUUACACUUACCUGAUAGGUCCCUAUUUGGAGAUGUUUUCCACUGCACUUUUUCCCUUUCCCAUGCUUAAUUGGACAUUGUGUUGAAUGCAAAAACGGAGUCUUUUUUUUUCGUCUUUUUUUUUUUAAAAGAGGAGUUCCACCAUUCAUGGUCUGUUGUAGAAUGAUGCUCUGGAACCAAUAGUGUUGAACCCAGAAUUAUUUCUCAUACCCACUAAUAUGGGUUUAACUUUCCUUUUAGUUUCAUUGAUGAAGCUGCCAUUGUUGCUGUUUUACAAUUAUUUUAUUUUAUUUUUUUUUCCCACAUGCUUCCAGUUCACCUCUUCUUUCACAUUUACAUUUUGGAAGAAAAUCUCUUGACUACAUGCUGUGCUAUUUGCAGAAAAAGACACAAAUCAGUGUGUGGCUUCACACUAUGUUGGGAUGGAUUUUCUCAGCCCCCUCGACCCUGAUCACCAUUCUGGGCUGUUCUGGUUUAAACAGAUUGGGCACAGUACCUUUUGGGGUACAUUUGCUGAACACCUACUUAUCCAGUCUGGAAAAAUUCAGUAUCCAGAUUGGAAAAUGGUACAUUCCCUGCUGAUUUCAACUCAAUUUAGAGCAAUUUCCUUGAGUAUUAUGCACUCUUGAAAAUGAAUGUGAACAGUAGUUCCUAAGGGAAUCUUAAUCUGCUGCCCUGGAUAACUGUAGUAUGGUCAAUCUUUCUUGUGCCAAACUUUAAUUUUGGACAAGAUAUCAGCAGAGCAGCACUGGUGCUAAGAUUCCAGUGUUGCUCUCAAGUGGGUUUCUGUGUACCACUUUUAUCUUGUUUUACCAAGAGAUGACCUUACUCUCCUUUUGCAAAAGGAAUUCCCCUCCCCCCUUUAUUUUAACCUGCUUUUGCAGGCAGCUCUGAUUUGAAAAUUUAAAUACAGGUACAUAUGUGAAACAUUGUGCAGAUACAUUGCCUUGUUUACUAGUUUCUUUUCUGUUAUUUUAGUUUCCAGGCUCUCUUCCAUGAAGACUACAAGCAUCAGUGAACAUUUUAACUAACUUCAGUGGUGUGUCUGCUGUCUUUUGGUUGUUUUUACUGUUUGAUGAUCUUGUAGAGCAAUUUGCUAGUUUUUGUUCUGUGCAAAUUGGCAGUAGUGCUAAGCUAGUAAUAAAUGCUUAUAUUAUUGGAUAACUGAAGUUUCUUUUUAGUACAAAUAAAUAUGUUAGCAUUGUUAAUCUUUUUAAAAUCUGCAAUAAAUGUAGAGGUAAACAGUU